AUGCCAAGACUUCGAAAAACUUCCAGCGUUCCCUCUGUUCGGUCCGACAACGGGACCUGCGACAACACCCGGAGUUCACGGUUAGGCACUCCGGCACUGUUCAAUCUCUAUUCAAUUGUUAUUUUUGCUGUUCUCUUUACGCCCUUCGGAAUCCUUGUUACUGCGCACCGUCGCCAUGAGCUCCUUUUCGAUGAGCGCGUUGACCAAGGCUUUGCCGUCGCCCCACGGGGCGAUCGUGAUGAAAUGCAAAGACAGAUGCUGGGUCGAGACUCGAAGGCACCCUCCGACACCUCAUCGCCUUCAUCGCCAUUGUCUGCAAUCACGCAAAUGAUGCAGGGCGAGAGGGCCCCUGCGCGCCGUGACAGCUUCAGAAUGGCCGAAAGCUUCGAAGCCGAUGUGAUUAAGCACCCCUACGCCGACCAAGCCCCGGCUCACCACCUGCACGUCUACUGCCACAAGCACAACACAAUUCUCACCUUGACACGGCCAAACGGCAACCCUAUUAUGUCAAUUGGAUGUGGCCAGAUUGGCUUCCGCAAAGCUGGCCGCUCUGGAUUUGACCCGGCAUACCAACUGUCCGCCCACGUGCUAGGCCAAAUCAAGGAGAAAGGCCUCCUGAUGGAGAUCAAGCGACUAGAAGUUGUGUUCCGGGGGUUUGGAAAGGGCCGAGAGGCAUUCACAAAGGUUCUGCUGGGCAAUGAGGGACGAUUCAUCAAAGGACUUGUGGUGCGAGUGACCGAUUCCACCCGACUCAAGUUCGGUGGUACCCGCAGCAGGCAUGAGCGUAGACUGGGAUGA